AUGGCCAGUUUGGCACCCCAGGCAUCGUCGAGCCUGAAGCAGGCUGGCAAGGUGGUGUGCAUUGGCCGCAACUUUGCGGAGCACAUUACUGAGCUCAACAACACCAAGCCUAAGCAGCCCUUCUUCUUCCUCAAGCCUUCUUCUUCCAUUGUCCUCCCUGGUGAGGGUUCGGUCUUGCGGCCGAAUGGCAUUGACAUGCACUAUGAGGUUGAGUUGGCUCUCAUCAUUGGCAAGGUGGUUCGGGAUCUCCAGGCCUCAGACACCCAGGGUGCUCUGGAUGCCAUCAAGGCCUACGCCGUGGCCAUCGACAUGACGGCCCGUAACGCCCAGAACGAGGCCAAGAAGAAGGGUCUCCCCUGGGACAUUGCCAAGGGCUUCGACACAUUCCUGCCCAUGAGCAACAUCAUCCCCAAGGCAUCCAUCACGAACCCGCAGGACGUCGAGCUCUUCCUCAAGGUCAACGGCGAGGUCAAGCAGCAAGGCUCUACCAACCUGAUGAUCUACCAGAUCCCUCGCAUCCUGAGCGACAUCUCCAAGGUCAUGACCCUGCAGCCCGGUGACAUUGUCCUCACUGGAACUCCUGCCGGUGUCGGCCCUGCUGUGCCGGGAGAUGUCAUCCGUGCUGGUCUGAGGGUUGAUGGUAAGGAGUUGGAGGAGGGCAACAUUGAGAUUCCUGUGGAGCAGUCGCCCAGCUCUUACUCGUUUGCUGAGACUUAG